CUCUCCGCCCCCUGCCGCUUUGUGCAAUCUGCGGGGAGGAACUGCGGCCUCUCUGGCACCCGGCUUCACGACUCGGUCUAUUACUGCAGCCGGCAGCGCCCGCUCCGUAUCCUGUUCCCGCGCCCGCCAGCAUCAGCCGCUCUCCUCGGUCCCCUGGUCUCUGCAGCCGGCUCCCCAUGGACAAGGCGGAGGACGCGUCCCAGGGCUUCCUGCCGCCCUUCGAACACUUCGCAACGCAGGCCAUCCACGUGGGGCAGGAUCCGGAGCAGUGGAGCUCCAUGGCCGUGGUGCCCCCCAUCUCCCUCUCCACCACCUUCAAGCAGCUGGCGCCCGGACAGCACUGCGGUUUUGAAUAUAGCCGUAGUGGAAAUCCUACUCGGAAUUGCCUGGAAAAGGCUGUAGCAGCACUGGAUGGAGCCAAAUAUUGUUUAGCUUAUUCUUCGGGCUUAGCUGCUACAUUGAAUAUUGCACACUUAUUAAAGGUGGGAGAUGCUGUUGUCUGUGUGGAUGAUGUUUAUGGAGGUACAAACAGAUAUUUCAGAAAGAUAGCCUCUCAAAUGGGUUUGAAGUUUACUUUUGUUGACUGUAGCAAAAUGGAAUGCCUGGAGGCUGCAAUCACACCAGAGACCAAGCUUGUUUGGCUUGAAACUCCCACAAAUCCCACCCUGAAGGUCAUUGAUAUUCAAGGCUGUGCAGAUAUUGUCCAUAAACAUAAAGACAUUAUUUUAGUAGUAGAUAAUACCUUUAUGUCAGCGUAUUUCCAGCGUCCUUUGUCUCUCGGGGCAGAUAUUUGUAUGUAUUCAGCAACCAAGUACAUGAAUGGGCACAGUGAUGUUGUAAUGGGAUUGGUUUCAGUAAAUUGUGAUGAUCUCUAUGAAAGGCUCAAAUUCUUACAAAAUGCCCUUGGAGCAGUUCCAUCUCCUUUUGAUUGUUUCCUUUGCAAUCGGGGUUUAAAGACGCUGCAGAUUCGAAUGAAGCAACAUUUCCACAAUGCGCUGGCUGUUGCUCAGUACCUUGAAUCAAAUCUCCGAGUAGAAAAAGUCAUUUAUCCUGGACUGCCCUCGCAUCCUCAGCAUGAGCUAAUGAAGCGUCAGAGCAGUGGCUGUCCUGGGAUGGUCACCUUUUACAUUAAAGGAAAUCUUGAACAUGCUGAAAUCUUUCUCAAGAAUUUAAAGCUUUUUGUGCUGGCUGAGAGUCUGGGAGGAUAUGAAAGCCUCGCAGAACAUCCGGCCAUUAUGACUCAUGCCUCGGUUCCUGAAGAGGAGAGGGAGGUUCUUGGGAUCAAUGAUACUUUGAUUCGCCUGUCAGUUGGUUUGGAGAACAUACAAGAUAUACUGGAAGAUCUGGAACAAGCUUUGAAAGCUGCGCUCCCAGAACAUAUGGUUCGCAACUAGGAAUCAAAGACCUGAAAUUGGAAGCUGAUCACUACACAGCUAAAACACCAAGAGAAGAUUAAAUGAAAAGCCAAACCACUGAGUUUCCUCUGAUUUGCCGUUAAAAAUGAAAACUUUUAUCCAAUCAAACUUUAGAUACCAAAACAGUCUUUAUUUUGUGCUUUUAACUUCACUCUCCAGUGGCUCCACAUGGGUCAAAUGGGUACAGCUUCACUCUUCAGUGACUCAACAUUGGUCAUGCAUUUCUGCUUUUAGAUGUCAUCCUUUUUUUUUCUCCUUCUCUUAUGACUUGAAAGGUUACUGUCCUUUGACAGUGCUUGUUGAUCUGAGAUCAGCUUUGAUGUAUACUCAAGAUCUCACAAUACAUUUUAAAAGUUGAGGUUUGAAAUGAUGGACAAUGGUGAGUGCAUGCUUUAAGUAUGUUCAUACAGUCUGUUUCUUUCAUCAUCCAUACUGCAGGAUUUAUUUUUUAAAUCAGCUAUACCUCUAAAUGCUAAAGAUACAUUUUGAAUGGUGUAGGAUCAAAAACUUUUUUGAAUGCAAAUAUCAUAUCUGGUUUCAUUUUGUGCAAUACUGAAAAUUGUUAAUCGUAACAUAUCAAAUACCUAACACUGUAUCGAGUCUGAAAUUUUAAUUGACUGUGUUAUACUUGAAAAAUUUCAGUCUUAACUCUUGUCUUACCAACAGAGAAUUAGUUUCUGUAUGCUUGAAUUUUUUAAAGUGGAUAAUUUAAUUAAAACAAAUUAAAUAGGGGCAUUUGUCAUAAUGCAGACUACAAUGAUAAUUUUAAAAACAUUAAAAAUAGGUUUCACAAA